CCUUUGGUCAUGGUCCUCGCGGUUGAUAAGUUAAUCGCUAUGGCUCAUUGUCUGAUGCUAUCUUUUAUCAUCAGUAGUAGAAAACGCUAUAGUUUGAAAAUAUGUUGGACUCUUCGUAUUGACCCAAAGAAAACAAACGAAAUACUUGACAAGGAACCACAACUGUCAAAUCUAUAAAACGUGCGACAUUUUGAAAUUGUUCAGUAAACGUCAACGUCAAUCUGCCUGUAAUUUCAUCUCGUUCUUCAAGAAAAAUGGGAACCUUUAGUAUUUUUCAACUUUAAGGAUUAUAUAGGAAGUUUGAAGUUGGUUUGGUAAAUAUCUAUUUUGGGACGUUGAUUUCCAAUACAUUCAGAUCGAGAAAUCAAUUUAAAAAAAAAUAGUUUCCAACAUCUAAAAACUAUUAAAACCGUCUAUCAUGGAAACAGAUGUAAAGACUCCUCUACUAGAAAAAGAUUCACUUGAAAUAAAAGUCUAUAAAUCAGUAGAAGAAGGUAACCAGAAGACGGAAGCAGAACCUAGCGAAAAGGAUGAAAUCUCGAAUACCGAGCCAAAGAAAAAGAAUGAAAAGUAUACGUCCCAACAAUGGCUCACGCUUAUUACCCUCGCUUACGGAAACUUUUGUAUAGGCGCUAGUAUUUCUCUCCAAGCCCCUUUUUUUCCUCAGGAGGCCGAAAAAAAGGGGGCCACUGCAGUGGAAUAUGGGUUUGUGUUCGGGGUAUACCAGCUUACAAUGUUCCUUAUUGCACCGAUGUGUGGUAAGAUGAUAUCUCAUAUAACUCCUUCCUUCAUGCUUAAUUCCGGAAUAUCUAUUAUCGGUGUAUCAUCAGUUUUAUUUGGCAUCCUAGACCGUGCACCCUAUGGAAAUCCAUUUGUUUAUCUCGCAAUAACCGUGAGAAUAGCUGAAGGUGUCGGUUCAGCUGCAGCCAAAACAUCAACUUAUUCGAUUAUAGGUCUACAGUUUCCCAGCUCCGUGGCAACAACGUUCUCUUUAUUAGAGACAUGUUUCGGAAUUGGACUCAUUAUAGGGCCUACCCUAGGUGGCGCACUUUAUCAGGUAGGUGGCUACGAACUUCCUUUCAUCAUAGCAGGAGUGGCUCUUCUUCUAGAUGGCAUAGUCAUAUUUUUUGUCCUUCCUGAGUUAGAUAGUUCCAAAAUGCCCAAGAAAUCAGGAGAGCUCUUCAAAUUUUACAAAAAUAUCGGAAUCGGCUUGGAUUGUCUUGUAGUGUUUACAACGUUUAAUUGCAUUGGAUUUAAUCAUGCAACUUUAGAGCCACAUCUUCGUCAGACAUCAACAAAAAUCCUAACGAUAAUAGGAUGCAUACUUAUGUGUAUUUGUCAGCUAUUUAUUGGACCGGCUACUUUCAUGCCAAUAGACACGCAGUUGUGGCUUGUCUUGGUUUCUCUUUCUAUCUUUGGGUUGGCAUGCGGUAGUAAACUGGUACCCACGUUCAUUGGUGCUUUACGAAACACCGUAGACCGAGGUUUUCCAAAUGAUCUGACAACAUAUGGAUUAGUGUCGUCAAUGUUUACUUCUACCAUGGCGUUAGGAGCGUUUGUAGGUCCCACCGUUGGUGGCUAUCUACUAGAUGUAAUUGGCUUCCGGAAAGGAACAACAAUACUACUUGGAAUCGAGCUGGGCGUGGUAAUUUAA